AUGCGCAACCUCACUAUGUUUCGCAAUCUCUGCGGCGAUGCUGCCUUUCAAAAGGUGGCUCUGGUCACGGCAUUCCGGGACGAGUUGCAGGAUCAACGCAAGGGCGAGGAUCGCGAGCGACAACUCCUUACGACGGCUAGUGAGGCCUUGAGCUUUGAGCUUGCCGAGCAGCGCAAAGCAUUUGAGAAGGCUCUCCAAACUCUCCAUCACGAGAAGGAACAAGCGAAACGAGACCACGAUAUGCACCUACAGGAGAUCAUUGAGGCAAUGGAGUCGGAAAAAAUGAGUCUGCUGCAAGAGAUUGAGAGCGAGCAAGCGGCCUUGCAUGCGGAUGGACGAGAGGAACGGCGUCGGCUGGAGCAACAAUUUUACGAUGAGAAGCUGAGGCUGGAACGGAUGGUUCAAGAGGUCCUUGCCGAAUCAGCACGCAUCAAGAAGGAGACCGAGACAGAAGCCAGAGAGGAGCGACGUCGCCUGAAGGCCGAGUUUGAUGGCAAGCUGCAUGAGUUCAGCGAGCAGCAAAGCCGGGAGGUGCAAAAGAUUGUUCGAGAGUUUGAACAACGACUUGCCGCCGAGAAGGAAGAUGGCCACAUGCGCUUAAAAGAAGCCCUCGAGAGUUCUGACAUUUUCAUUCGCGACCUGAAGAACAGCAUGAGCCGCUCAAGAAGGGAGGAUCGAAGAAAGUACGAGGAGGAGAUCAAGAAGAUUAAGAGACACUAG